GAUCAAAGCCUCUUCUGAAGCAGCUGAACUAAAACAAAAGAGUGAUCAAGCUGCACACUUGUCUGCUUUAGCUGAAGCAAGAAAAUGAGAAGAAAGUUUAAAGAAGGCUUUGGGAGUUGAGAAAGAGUGUAUGACAAGUAUUGAGAAGGCCUUGCAUGAGAUGCAUGCUGAAUCUGCUGAAACCAAGGCCUUGCAUGAGAUGCAUGCUGAAUCUGCUGAAACCAAGUUUGCUGCUGAAUGUAAAUUGGCUGAUGCACGUAGGAUGGUUGAAGUUGCGCAGAAAAAAUACAUGGAUUCUGAGGCAAAACUGCUUGCUGCAGAAGCUUUACAAGCAGAAGCUAGCCAGUAUCGUCGAGCUGCAGAAAGAAAGCUCAAGGAAGUUGAAGCACGUGAAGAUGAUCUUGGCAGGCGUGUCACCGCUUUCAAAGCUGAUUGUGAUGCAAAAGAGAAGGAGAUUGUUAUUGAGAGACAAACUUUGAGUGAGAGACGGAAAGUUCUGUGGCAGGAACAUGAAAGGUUACUUGAUGGACAAGCUUUGCUGAAUCAGAGGGAGGAUUAUGUUGCUAGCAAAUGUCAAGAGCUAAAUCGUCUGGAAAAGGAGUUGGAGAACUCAAAAACAAGGAUUGAGAAGGAACUUAGAGACUUGCAUGACAAGAAAUCCAACUUGGAGCUGACUGUGGCUUCCUCGACUCAAAGAGAAGCAGCUGUUAUUGAGAGGGAAGCUCUACUAAACAAGAGAGAGCAAGAGUUACUUGAUUUUCAAGAAAAACUGACAGGCAAGGAAUCUGUUGAAAUUCGGAAAGUUAUUGCCAAUCAUGAGAUUGUUCUGAAAACAAGAAAGUCAGAAUUAGAAGCUGAGUUGGAGAUGAACUGCAAAUUGGUGGAAGAUGAAAUUGAGGCCAAGAGACGAGCUUGGGAAUUGAGGGAGUUGGAUCUUAAACGACGGGAGGACAUGUUGAGUGACAGGGAACAUGACUUAGAGGUUCAGUCAAGGACGUUGGCUGAUGAGGAGAAAGAUGUGGCAGAGAAGAUGAAUAUUCUUGAUGAGAGAGAAAGAAGUCUUAUUGCUGCUGAGAAGGACAGUGAAUUAAGGAGAGCACUUCUACAGCAAGAAAAAGAAGAGAUUAACAAAAUAAAGUUAGAACUCCAGGAGUCUUUGAAUUCCUUAGAAGACAAAAAGAAACAAAUUGAUUGUGCAAAGGAGAAACUUGAGACUAUGGCAUGUGAAACAAAUGAGCUCUCGGUUUUGGAGAUGAAACUUAAAGAAGAGGUUGAUAUGGUCAGGGCUCAGAAAUUGGAACUUAUGGCUGAAGAAGACAGAUUGAAGGUUGAAAAGGCUAAGUUUGAAACUGAAUGGGAGUUGAUUGAUGAAAAAAGGGAAGAACUGCGGAUGGAAGAUGAGCAUAUAGUUGAGGAGAGGCAAGCUGUUUGUAGGUUACUCAAGGAUGAGCGGGAUAGCCUAAUACUAGAGAAGGAAACAAUUCGAGAACAACAUGAGCGAGAUGUUGAGUCGCUUAACCAUGAACGGGAGGAAUUCAUGAACAAGAUGGAGUAUGAGCAUUCAGUGUGGUUCAACAAAAUUCCGAAGGAACAUACAGAUUUCUUGUUGGGUAUUGAAAUGCAGAAGAUAGAGCUGGAGAGCAUUAUAGAGAAAAGGCGAGAAGAGAUAGAAAGUUAUUUAAGGGAUCAAGUGAAAGCCUUUGAGAUAGAAAAGAAAAUUGAACUUCAACAUAUUGUUUCUCUUAAGGAGAAAGCAGCAAAAGAGUUGGAGCAGGUUGGUUUCGAAAUGAAGAAGCUUGAUUCUGAGAGAACAGAGAUAAAUUUAGACCGUGAGCGAAGGGACAGGGAAUGGGCUGUGCUGAAUAAAUCCAUUGAGGAACUUAAGGAUCAAACUCAGAAAUUGGAAAAACAGAGGGAAUUAUUACAUACAGAAAGAGAGGGGGUUUGUGCUCAGAUUGAACACCUGAAAAGAUUGGAAGAUUUGAAGCUUAUGUUGGAUAACAUGGAAGUGGCUAAGAUACAACAGUCAAACAUGGAGUCUAGCCUGCAGAAAAUCUCUGCAAUAAGAUAUUUGAGAAGUCACUCCUCUGUAAAAGAUACUGAUCUGGUUUCACAUGAAAGAGAAGAUACUACAAACAAUGGAAAAAGACUUGAUUCUCCAUCUAUGCAAAAAUCAGUUGUUGAUUCUGCUCGUUUCUCUUGGAUCAAACGUUGCACUGAACUGAUAUUCAAAAGUUCUCCUGAGAAGCCCUUGUUGAAGAGUGAAGAAAAGUCUCUGAUAUCCAAUAAUGAUGAUGCAAUUUUGGCUUCUGCUGGCAAAUUGUAUUCUUCCAGUGGAUAUCAUGGACAAAAGCUGAAAUCAAUCGAGAGUUCUGGCAACAGACAGCCAAUGAGAUAUGCUAUUGGUGAACCAGAGGUGACACCUGAACCCCCUGAAGAUGAAACUGCCAAGGGAAAACGUGAUAAAGAAUCUGAAACAAAGAAAGAUGCUAAUGAAGAGAUUGCUCCCUCAUUUUCUGAACAAGCACGUCCUGCUGGAAGGAAAAGGAGAGUUAAAAACUCUCCUUUGGAUGUUUCUACUGAUCCCGAGCCAGAGCAAAGACAGAACAUUAAAAGGAGGAGGCAACAAAAGUUUAAUCCAUUUUCUAUUGUCAGUGUGACUUCAACCAAGAUCAAUGCACCAGAAGAUCAGCAUUUAACUGAAGGUGCUGAAGAUGCUGAUGUAGUAAUUGCAGAAAGAAUCAUCAAAAUUUUUUAUCAAUGA